UGCAGUCAGCUUGCAGCGGGCUGUGAGGGAGAGUGCCUUUGUCCUAAGAAAUGUGCUUUGUGUUUUUCUUUUCUACUGCUUUCUUUUUAAACCCCCAAGACAGGCUUUUGAAGACUUAUGAAAUGAUUUUUUAAAGCCAAAUAGAGGACACAAUCAGACAACUGCCUUCCAAUAAGCCCUUGACGGGUUUUGUUUGAGUCUGGUUUGUGUGUGUGUGUGUGUGUGUGUGUGUGUGUGUGUGUGUGAUUUUUUUUUUUUUAAGAAAAAAAAAAACCCACCUUUUUAUAUAUUCUUUGUUGUGAUCUUGUGAGGCUGGGCCUCUAUCUUCCUGAAGUUUUAGGAGAGCCUGGAGCUACUCAGCUAAGACUGAAUUUUGAAACUUUCUUUUUGGGGGUGAAAGCAAAGAACUGCUUUUCUUUGCCAGCCGGACAGAUAAAUGCUGUUUAUGAAGAUGGACCUGUUGAACUACCAGUACUUGGACAAGAUGAACAACAACAUCGGCGUGUUGUGCUACGAAGGUGAAGCCUCUCUCAGAGGAGAACCUAGAAUGCAGACCCUCCCGGUGGCCUCUGCUCUCAGCAGUCACCGCACAGGCCCGCCCCCCAUCAGUCCCAGCAAGAGGAAAUUCAGCAUGGAACCUGGGGACAAGGACCUGGACUGUGAAAAUGAUCACGUCUCCAAGAUGAGCCGUAUCUUCAGCCCCCACCUGAAUAAGACUGUCAAUGGAGACUGCCGCAGAGAUCCCCGGGAACGGAGCCGCAGUCCCAUUGAGCGGGCUGCAGCCCCUGCUGUAAGCUUGCACGGUGGCCACCUGUAUGCAUCCCUCCCCAGCCUCAUGGAGCAACCUCUUGCAUUGACUAAGAACAGCAGUGACACGGGCAGGUCGGCUGUGGAGCGGCAGCAGAACCGGCCCUCCGUGAUCACCUGCGCAUCUGCAGGCGCCCGCAACUGCAACCUCUCUCACUGCCCCAUUGCGCACAGUGGCUGUUCUGCACCUGGCUCGGCCAGCUACCGGAGACCACCCAGUGCGACUGCCACGUGUGACCCUGUGGUAGAAGAACACUUCCGCCGGAGCCUGGGCAAGAACUACAAGGAACCAGAGCCUGCACCCAACUCGGUGUCCAUCACUGGCUCUGUGGACGACCACUUUGCCAAAGCACUGGGUGAUACAUGGCUUCAGAUUAAAGCGGCCAAGGACAGCGCGUCCAGCAGCCCAGAGUCGGCCUCGCGCCGGGGCCAGCCAGCCAGCCCCACUGCCCACAUGGUCAGCCACAGUCACUCCCCCUCUGUGGUCUCCUGAAGGGGGGCACCACCCUCCGACCACACAGGGAUCUGCAUGGUUUGCCUGAGCUUUGAACAGUCAGUGCUUAAAAACAAACAAAAAAAAAAACACAAAAAAAAAAAAGCAGAAAGAAAAAAAAAUCCAGGAGGGGAGGGGGGAGGGUGGUUUAUUCGCAAAACCAUGUUUGUCUGGACUUUUUGUUCUGCUCUGUUUUUAUACUUGCUUGGUGUUCAUACAAGGGGCCUCAAUGUGGCAUCAGGAACGGCACGGAGCAUUCAGUCCAGCGGAGCAUCUUUGCUUCCUGCCCUGGUUACCAAAGAAACCUCUGCAGGUGUGCCACCUGGCAGCCGGGACCCUGCGGCCCUUCUCAGUCACAAGCCAUGAUGACACGGGGAUCCGGACGCUCUGUGCCCUUAGCUUUGGAGGCCGGGUCUGCAGGGCUUGGCCUCCACCUGGGGUCUGGCUCAGUCUGUGUGUGCAUGUGUCUGCCUGAAGAGAACUGUCCUGAUUUGCACUGUGGAGGGCAGGGCUGCCCUUGGGGCAGCUGUCUGAGGUGCCAGUACUGAGGGCAAACUGCUAGGGAACACUUCUGACCAUGUGUGCUUGCAUUGUUGCUGAACCUAGAAGGUCUCUAGCAGGUUCUAGGUCUUUCUCUAGGCUUGAGGUGCUCACAGCUGCACUGCUGACUCCCCCUGACCAUGGGCAUUUACCUUCUGUGAACACUGCAGUUUGUGAGGCUAGUGCUAAGGCUGGAGGACUCCAUAGUGCUUCUGACACAUGUAUGUCUUAAGAAAAAUAGCUGGUUUCUAUUGACCGUAAGCUCAAACUGUAGCACUGACUGGCUUCCUGUCGGCAUUAGCCUGUUUGUCAGUUACAGCCCUAGGUACACUCACUGCUGGUACAGCUGUGCUUCUGAGAUGUAUAGUCAACGCUCACUUUACUCCGAAGAGGAGCGCACAGCCGGUGGGUGUGGUAGGCCAGGGAAGCCCGCUGCUGCUCAUUUCCUGCAUCCUGGGCUGGGGACUUGGAGUUCAUGUCUUUAGGCUCCUUGCUGCACAGACUGCUCCUUUCCAACUCCUGGCUUCAUCAGGUGCCUGCAGCAUGGGGCUGCACGCACGCCCCCUCCUGCGGGCCAAGGCUGUACACAUUCCUCUGACUCUACAGUUAUUCCUGCGUCACUAUUCCCGCUCUAUUAAUAGCUACUAACUAGACAUUAGAAGCCAGCAGGACAGACACGGCCGGGGCCACCCGACAGCUGCUGCUCCUCCCGGCCUUGAGAUUCCUGUCCCCCGGCCUAGCCCUCCAGGGGGUUGGGCCACCACCUGGCUAGGACCACCUCCCUCACACAGCAUUAUGGACUCUUGCAACAUGGGAGCCCAUGGGGCUGACUUUCAGUAGGAGGAGACAGGUUAGCUGUUGAACUCGGGAAACGGGCACAGUGGAAAGGCAGGGACUGAUUCCCAUAGUCACAGGGUGGCUACCCGCCUUCACAAAAUUAGACGGCCCUCCUCCUGCCCCGCACACGGUUCACUCCGCUCUGGGCUUCCAAGCUUGGCAUUCGGGCCCCUAUAUUUUCUGUAGGAAAAAAAGAAUUGUUGAGAACACUUUUUUUAUAUAGGUAAUUUUAAAGACCAUCAUUACGCUGUGCGUAAAGAAUGUACAGAGAAAUUUGUAGGUAUUUUUUGAAGAACAAUUAAUUUGUUAAUGAUAUGUAGCUAUUUAAUUUUCCCUUUCCUAUCGUAAUCAUUCAUUUUUUGUUGUUGUUUGGGGGAAAAAAGUUGAUCUUUUUUGUUGUAGGUGUGUCUGUAAUCGUGCAGGUACACAGUUACUCCAUGGCAACACUGCGUCCGCAUUACUAGCCACUAGUUUGUUAUUCUGCAGGCUACUGAGGUUGUCACAGAAAAACAACCGCACCGCGGACUGGCUCUGUGGGCAACGGGUCUCAGACACCCGUCAGUGAGCAGGUCGUCGCUGUUGGGGGCGGGGAGAUGGCAGUGCGGUGGCCGGGUCCCUGGUGGGCUGACCUAUCUGGAAUAGGCCGUGCCCUGGAGGGGGAGCCACACAUGGCAGCCAAGGAGUGCGCCAUCCUGCCUGGGCAGGACUUGUGACCUCCCCAGAACCAAGCCAUCCAUGUGCGUGCUGACCCCUCUCUGUGUUUGUAAAUCUGUAAUAUACCAUUCUCUGUGGCCUGUUUUUUUCCUGGAAGAAGAAAAAAAAAAAAGGUUUGGCAGGCCAUCUUUUUUUUUUUUUUUUUUUUUUUUGUACUUA